AUGUACAGAGUUGAUAUUAAAAAAAGAAACAAACAAGAACUCAACAACAAAAUAGUUUGUAAUUGGAUUAAUAAGAGAAAAAACGUGGGUGGAAAUGCAAAAGGUCAUUUGAGGCUUAGUUUGGCUUUGCUUAUUUUGCGCUCGUGGCUUAUCUUAUCAACUCUAUUAUUUGCUAUCACGCUUUUUGACAAUCACUUAUCAGUCAUUGGACAACACAACAAGUACUCGAACGAUUACGAGCUUUGA